AGUUGAAGUAGGAGGAGCAGUGAAGUGAAGGUACUGAAAUUGGGAAUAAGAAAGCGAGGUAGUUUCACCACAUCACUACUCAUUAUUCGAUGUCGAUUUCACUCCACUCCAAUGCUAAGAUUUUGUGCACUAGAUUCUACCAUCAAUUUAACCAAAACCUUCCUUCCCCUCACCCAUUCCAACUCCUCGAUCACCUCCAUUUCCCUCCCAAUUUCCGAUUCUCUGCCGUCGUUGAUCACAAAAGGUCCUCCAUUGUUUACUGCAACAAAGAUGGGGACUCCGCAUUUUCCGAUGGGGGCGACGCCUUUACGUGCGUGAUGAAGUUCGGCGGCUCUUCGGUAGCUCUGGCGGAGAGGAUGAGAGAGGUGGCUAAUCUCAUCCAAUGUUUUCCCGAGGAGAAUCCAAUAAUCGUGCUUUCCGCCAUGGGAAAGACCACCAACAAUCUAAUUUGCGCAGGAGAGAAGGCUGUGAGCUGCGGAUUCACUAACGUGUCGGAGAUUGAGGAGUUGAGCCUUAUCAAAGACGUGCAUCUUAGAACGGUGAACGAGCUAGGAAUUGAUGUGUCUGUGAUUUCUGAACAACUGGAAGAAUUGGAGUUGCUUUUGAAUGGGAUUGCUAGACUGAAGGAGCUGACACUUCGGACUCGAGACAAACUAGUUUCAUUUGGGGAGUGCAUGUCUACUAGGGUUUUCGCUGCCUAUCUAAAUAGCAUUGGCGUAAAAGCACAGCAAUAUGAUGCAUUUGACAUUGGAUUUGUCACAACGGAUGAUUUCACAAAUGCAGACAUUUUGGAUGCAACCUAUCCUGCUGUUGCUGCUAAAUUACACGAUGACUGGAUUAGCAAUAAAGCAAUUCCUGUAGUUACUGGCUUCCUCGGAAAGGGAUGCAAGUCUGGUGAAAUAACCGCUCUAGGUAGAGGUGGUAGUGACUUGACAGCUACUGUAAUUGGCAAAGCUUUAGGUUUACGUGAAAUUCAGGUCUGGAAGGAUGUCAAUGGUGUUCUCACCUGUGAUCCCAGUAUUCAUCCGUGUGCAAAACCAGUACCUUAUCUGACGUUCGAAGAGGCUGCAGAGCUUGCUUAUUUUGGAGCUCAGGUGUUGCACCCACAAGCAAUGAGACCGGCUAUGGAGAGCAACAUUCCAGUUAGGGUUAAGAACUCUUACAACCCUAAAGCCCCGGGUACUCUCAUCAGUAAAGAUAGAGACAUGACCAAGGCUCUACUUACUAGUAUUGUCCUAAAGCAGAAUGUUACCAUGCUGGAUAUUGUUAGUACUCGAAUGUUGGGUCAGUUUGGCUUCCUGGCAAAGGUAUUUGCAAUAUUCGAAGAUUUGGACAUAUCUGUGGAUGUUGUAGCAACUAGUGAAGUCAGUAUCUCUGUUACACUUGAUCCAUCAAAAAUUUGGAGCAGAGAGCUAAUUAAGCAGGAACUUGACCACGUGGUUGAAGAGCUUGGAAAAAUUGCUGUUGUAAAACUUCUUCCGCAGAGAUCAAUUAUCUCCCUCAUUGGCAACAUCCAGUAUUCUUCUUUGAUAUUGGAAAAGGCGUUCAGUGUCUUCAGGAGACAUAACGUGAAUGUGCAGAUGAUCUCGCAAGGAGCUUCCAAGGUGAACAUGUCCCUGAUAGUAAAUGACAGUGAAGCAGAAGAGUGUGUCAAGGCCCUUCACUAUUCCUUCUUCGAGAGCGGCCAAGUGGCACUCACCAACGCUAAGGCUGACUCUUACUGAGGCCCUUAACCAAGUUAUUAAUUGUUAUAGUGAGUACUAGUAUUUGAAAAAUUGCUGCCUUAGAUUCAUCAUUUUAGUGACUCUGACUCAGACUGUAACUCGGUUGUUUUUAUUCUCUAAUCCCUAAAUUAAUUUUGUUGACAA